CAACGCAGCGGAGACAAAAAAACACACAAUGGCGACGGCGGCGACUACGGCAGGCGGAACGGGCUCGGGCGGACCGGCCACCGGCCCGGUCGGUGGUGGUGGAGGAACCGCAGUGGGAAGAAAAAAAGACGGCGGACCUUCUACUAAAUUCUGGGAGGGUUCAGAGACGAUAUCGCAGCUAGAGACGGUGCGGCUGUGGAUCGGAAAGCACUACAAGAAGUAUGUCCAGAAUGACUCCCCCUCCAGUAAAUCCUUGGCAGGCCUUGUGGUCCAGCUGCUGCAGUUCCAGGAGGAUGCUUUUGGACGCAGGGUUAACAAUCCUGCUCUUACCAAACUACCUGCCAAGUGUUUCCUGGAUUUCAAGGCUGGAGGAGCUCUGUGUCACAUCCUGGGGUCGGUCUACAAGUUUAAGAGCGAGCAGGGCUGGCGUCGGUUCGACCUGCAGAAUCCGUCCCGGAUGGACAGGAACGUGGAAAUGUUCUUAAAUGUAGAGAAGAACUUGGUGCAGAAUAACUGCCUGACUCGACCCACUGUCUUCCUGUCGCCGGACAUUGACCAGAAACAAGCCAGUAAGCUCAAAGACACCAUCAAAAGGCACCAGGGCUCCAUCACUGAUGAUAAAUCAAAGGCCACCCACCACAUUUAUCCUUCUCCAUCGCCACAAGAAGAAGAGGAGUGGCUGCGUCCUGUCCUGAGGAAAGACAAACAGGUGUUGGUGCACUGGGGUCUCUACCCAGACAGCUACGAUACCUGGGUAUCAGUCAGCGAGGUGGAUGGUGAUGUGGAGGAUCCUCCCAGCACUGACAGGCCGUGGAAGGUUCAUGCUAAGUGGGUUUUAGACACCGAUGCCUUCAACGAGUGGAUGAAUGAAGAAGACUACGAGGUGGACGAGAACAAGAAACCAGUCUGCUUCCGCCAGAGAGUCUACCCGAAGGAGGAGGAGUCUUCCCGUACACCCGAUCGCAAGGAGCGCAAGGCCAACUCUGCCGGAAAGAAGAGGAGACGCUCGCCCUCGCCGCCCAGCACUCCUGCAGAAUCCCGCAAGAAGGGAGGAAAGAAGGGGAACCCAGGGCCUCACUGGAAGCGACGGGGCCACAGAGGAGAAGAGGAGGACACGGAGGAGGACGUGAGUAAGGACAUGGACGACUCCUCGGCCGGUGCCAGCAUGGAAGAGGGCAGCAUGUCCAAAAAUGCAAAUUCAAAGAGAGACAGUGAAAAUACUCCAGUGAAAAGAGGGAAUGUGGCUGACUCGGAUGACAUGGAGGACGACUCUGUGCUGUCUAAUGGAAAGGACGACGAGGAUCAGGGCAAAGCUGAAGUGAACCGACUGAUAGACGCCAGCGAAGACAACGUGACAGAACAGACGCACCACAUCAUCAUCCCGAGCUACAGCUCUUGGUUUGACUACAACUGCAUCCAUGAAAUUGAGAGAAGAGCCCUGCCUGAGUUCUUCAACGGAAAAAACAAGUCCAAAACUCCAGAGAUAUACCUGGCGUACCGCAACUUCAUGAUCGACACGUAUCGGCUAAACCCUCAAGAGUAUCUCACCUCCACCUCCUGCCGCAGGAACUUGACCGGAGAUGUCUGCGCUAUCAUGAGGGUCCAUGCAUUCUUGGAGCAGUGGGGUUUGGUGAACUAUCAGGUUGAUUCAGACAGUCGCCCUCUGCCCAUGGGCCCCCCACCCACACCCCACUUCACGGUGCUGGCUGACACACCCUCAGGCCUCAUGCCCCUGAACCACCGACCUCCACCGAUCCCCCCUCAACAGCAGAUGCCCAACUUCCCAGGCAAAGACAAAGACAAGGCCAUGGCCAUCGACCUGCAAAACUUCGGCCUUCGGACGGACCUUUACAACAAGAAAAAGGCUAAAGCCGUGACCUCCACCAGGGAAUGGACCGAGCAGGAGACUCUACUGCUGCUGGAGGCUCUUGAGAUGUUCAAAGACGACUGGAACAAAGUGUCGGAGCACGUUGGUUCACGCACCCAAGACGAGUGUAUCCUGCACUUCCUGCGGCUCCCCAUCGAGGAUCCAUACCUGGAGAACACCGAGUCCUCCCUGGGCCCUCUUGCCUACCAGCCCAUACCCUUCAGCCAGUCUGGAAACCCCGUCAUGAGCACUGUUGCCUUCCUUGCCUCUGUGGUCGACCCCAGAGUGGCUUCUGCUGCUGCCAGGGCAGCCCUAGAGGAGUUCUCCCGCGUGCGUGAGGAGGUGCCGGCUGAACUGGUGGAGGCCCACGUGAAAAAGGUGCAGGAGGCAGCCAGGAGCACGGGCAAGGUAGACCCCGCCUUCGGCCUGGAGAGCAGCGGCAUCGCUGGCACCGCCCCAGAUGAGCCAGAAAAAACAGAAACCACAGAACCAGAAAAGGCGGACACGGACACAGACUCCCAGCAGGGUGACAAGGCGGAGUUGAAGGACGAGGCCGAGAAGCCCAGUGAGUCCGCAGAGAAGAGCGACAAGACGGAGGCCACGGACAAGGUAAAGAAGGAAGGAGCGGAGACGUCGGAGCGUGAGGAGGAGAGCGAAGACGGAGGAGAGGCGAAGACCGCUCCAGCAGAAAAAGACAAGGAGGAAGCAAUGGAGACGUCGUCCUCGGACCAGGAGAAAGAUAAGGAGGAGAAGGCAGCUAUAGAUGAGGGAGAGGAGAAGAGGAAGAAGCUGGAGCAUGACAUCGGAGAGGGCAACAUUGCAACUGCGGCCGCUGCUGCCCUCGCUUCUGCUGCCACAAAAGCCAAGCACUUGGCGGCGGUGGAGGAGAGGAAGAUCAAGUCCCUGGUCGCUCUGCUGGUGGAGACCCAGAUGAAGAAGCUGGAGAUCAAGCUGAGGCACUUCGAGGAGCUCGAGACCAUCAUGGACCGAGAGAAAGAGGCUUUGGAGCUUCAGAGGCAGCAGCUGCUCACCGAGCGUCAGGCGUUCCACAUGGAGCAGCUCAAAUACGCCGAGAUGAAGGCGAGGCAGCAGAUGGAGCAGCAAGCUGCCGCCGCUGCUGCUGCCGCCGCCGCCGCCGCUCAGGCUCAAGGACAGGGACAGGCUUCAGGUCCUGGACCCCACUCAGGGCCUCCUUCUUCAGGCAUGCACCACGGAGGACCUCCACCUCACCACGGAGGACCUCACCAUGGAGCAUCCGGGCCCCACCACGGAGGGCCCCCAACCGGCCAUCCUGGCUUCCCUCCGAUGGGUCACCACCCCAUGGGUCCUCACCACCCAGGACAGACAGGACCAAUUGGACCAAGCCAGCCGAUGCCAACCCGUAUGAUCCCUGGCCCGCCCUCUGCUGGCCCCCCUCCUGGCGGUAUGCCUCCCAUGAUGCCUCCACGCCACCCCGGAGCUCCCAACGGCAUGUUCCCAGGCCCACCAGCUGCACAGGCUGAACCGGUACCUGCAGUUCCCGUUGUUGGUCCUCCGGCGCCCACGAGUGGACGCGUGGCUGACAACUAAGACCUACACACACACACAAAAGCACACACACACACACACAAGAACACAAACACACACACACAGAAAACUAACUCUGUCUCUGAACCUCAGCCCCCUUUUUUUGAUGGCCUUUGCAACUGGCUCGGUAUUUCCCCCCCACAACACCCAAAACUACCAUAAAUUUCAUUACAACAUACAAACACACACACUCAGGGUUCAGUGGCAAGGGUGACCCAGUUUUUCCCAAACACACACACACGCACACACACACACACACACACACAUACAUCCAGACUUCCUCUCAGGGCACAGCGGCAAGGUUCGUCUAGUAAUAAACACUGUUUUUCUGCUCUGUUGGGCCAGAUGGAGGCUGGAGAGAAUGACUGUGUACAGAAAAAACAAAAACAAGGAGACAGAACAGAUGAAAAAGCUCCGUCUGUCUCACCUUUUCUCUUUUCAAUGCUGUUUUAAAUGACACUGUAACCCCCCCUCCCCUUUCCCCUCCCGUCUCUUAACACAAACACACACACACACACACACGUACUUCUUCCUGUUUGGUGCCUCUUUACUCCAAGCCAAACACCAGGGGGAGCUAGUGACACCAGAGAACCCCCCCCCACUAGACAUGCAGGGGUGUGUUUGUGUGUGUGUGCUUGAUCAGCCUGAGCUAUGACACACAAGAUGAUGAUGAUGAUGAUGAUGAUGAUGAUUCAGACAAUAAAAUGCUCACACACACACACACACACACACACACACACAGAGCACCCAGCCUGCCCUCACUCUUGUCUUGUCGAGUAUCUACCUCUCGCUCCUCUUUAAAUGAUACACUGUAGUUCUGUGUGUGUGCGUGUGCGUGUGUGCGUGUGUUUGUCCAAGUCAGAGGGGUGUUUAAUGGCGGUUCACUCAUCUGCUUUGCCUCCUUUUGACCAGUCUGUGCCUCUCAUGUAGAAAAGAAGAAGGAAAUUAAAAAUAGGCCAAAUUUGACAGGUUUGAAAAUAUUCUUCUGUAUCGUCAUGGUUACUACAAAGUCCACAGUGAAGGAAUAAUGCUAGCUUUCUCAUCUUAGUUGCCAUCUGUGGAUGAAGGAGUACAGACGCACCUGGGAAGCAGCUUUAAACUAAUUAAUUGUACAUGGAGGCGAAUAUUUGUCACUAAAGAUAGAAGAGUCUGAAGAUGACCUGUAACAUCCUUUUUCCAUUAUGACAAAAACAUGCGUUAUUUAUUACUAAAUUAAAAAUAUUAGUCUAUUUAAUUUUUUUUCUCAGCAGAAAGCGAAAAUUAGUUUUCAGUGUUUUCUGACGUCAACCUCAAAUCUUCCUAUUUGAAGACUUAAAAUCAUUCAAAACGUUUCACAAAUGUUUAAGUUUAAGUUUUAAAAAAUGCUCAACAGUUUGGCCACUGUAGAUUUUAGCAAUUGUUAUUCAGCAGGAGUGAUUAGUGACACAUCACCCAGUGCAUCUGUGCUUCUCACUGAUGUGUUUUUAAUAGUUUUUGGACAAUAAUAAAGAUUUAUGGCACAGAGAAGAAUCAAUUCAUUGACAGUAAAACAAGAAAAAUAUUAAAUAAACACACAAAUCUGAUCCGAUGAUUACAUGAGUGGCACAAACUGAUGAAGUUCAACUAUUGAGGAAGAACAGGAAGUUUAACACCCGUCAUUCCUCCUCCUGCUCCACCACCACCCACACCACUGUAACACACACACACACAGAAACGUAAGCUAAGCUGAGGCUCACACUGGAGGCUGCAUGCACACACUGACUUGGCCAGACCCUGCCACAAAGCACUGGACAACCCCACACACACACACAAAAUUACACACACACACACACACACACACACACACACACACACACACACACACACUUACAUAUAAUCUCCUGCUGACCUUCACACAGCCUUUACAGAGAGAGGGAGACGCUGUGAUGCGGCUCGACUGAAACAUCAGAACAUGAACGACGCUCUUCCUCAGCGCAGUGGGCUUCUAGAUGUUUUUUAGGUGCUGAUACUGUAGCCAAUAAACCCCCCCCCCCCCCCCCCCCCCCCCCCCCCCCUCCUUCUCCUCUGCUCCGUUUUCCUAACGCCUAGCGCUGCCUACCUCGCUAACCCCCUCCUACUACACUUCAUAGCCCCCCAGACCUCACACACAUUUGUGCAUCGCUUUUUUUUAAGCCACUAGCCAUGGUGGGUGAAAAGAAAAAAAAAAAAGUUAGCAAUAUCCUCAUUCCUGUGUGUUAACUCAGCCGAGGAGCCGGUGUUAACAAACCAGGAGAAGCAAUCGUGACUUCAGAGCUUCAUAAUCAUUUCUGUCCUGUGAUGUCGAAGUAAAUCCCAAACAUGGGGGGGAAAACGCAAAUAUAGGACUCGACUCUACUACAUUUUUUUUUUCAUUAUGUCAUUAUGUAAUCAUUUAGGUAUUAAUUUGUGAAAAUGUGGAAAAAUUGUCCAGAAAUCUGCAGGUUUGCUUGUUUUGAUAUGAAUCAGCUGUUUAUUUAAAUAAAAGGAAAACAGCAAAAAACUGAGAUUUAAAAGCUGGAACCAGCAAAUAUUUAUUGUUUUUGGAUUGCUUAUCCAGAUACAUUGAUUCAUUAUUGAUAUUGAAAGUUCAUUAUUGAUCAUUUGGCAAAGCAAUCUAACCACGAGGUCUGUUAGUAGCAGCUCCAGAGCUUUUAAUCGUAUCACAUAAGGCUGCAACUAUCGAUUAAUUACCGGUAAUCUGCUGAUUGUUUUCUUAACGUUAAUUAGACAAACAUUUCUGCUGUAAAUUCCCAAAGUCAGUUGGCGUCUUUGACUCUUUUGUCUUAUUUUGUCCGACCAAGAGUCCAAAACCUUAAAUAUAUUCAUCAUAUUUCUGCUUAAAAACGUACUAAAAAAGAUGAUUUAUCGAAAUAAAUGCUUGUUAAUCGAUUUAACUGUCGGCUCUAGUGUGACAUGAGCUUCCUCUGCAGAUGAAGACCGCCCAGAUGGAGUGAAUACAAUUUAUAGAUGUUCAAUUUUCCAGUUUUCUGGGCGGUCUUAAGAUCUUUUCAUCCAUUUUUUGUCAACAGUUGCAAUCUUGACUUUUUAAAGCUUCAGAACACCUACUUAAUCGACUCUGUGACAAGAUUGUUUUGCCCACUAAUUCAUUAUUUUCAACCCUUAAAAAACAAAUCUUUAUACAUUUACUUAGUUUAGCGUUACUAACCUAAAUAUACUAAAAUAUUUUUGCGCUUGUCAUCUUGCAUCUUUCCACAGUCGACACACAGGUUUAUUAAUAAGCUCUAAUAAGGUCUUUUUAAAUGUGAAGUCUUAAUCCAAACAACCCUCACCCCCCCCCCCCCCACCCCCACCCUUUGCUCGCACUGUUAGUAUCUCUGCUACCUCUUCCUCGUUCAUCUGCUAGCUACCUCUUCUAGAAAUCUUCCUCUUGCUCUGCUACCUCUCUGCGCACCCCUUCGCUACCUCUCGUUUGCCAUUUUCCUUUCAUUUCCUCUUUUUAAACAUUUUCUUUCUUUCUUUCUUCCUUUUUUUUUUUUCGCUGCCCACAUGACUGCUGCAUCACUGACUGUUGCCCAUCUUCUCCCAGCCUGCUGGAAGAUGAAUAAAAACAAGCAUCGACUCACAACGCUCUCAUUCACCGCGCUCUCCUUUUCCCCAUUUGACAUCUUACCAGGCUUGUUAUGUAAUGUCACUUAAAUAUGACGGGAAUCCCCCUUACAUAUAUUAUCUUUAAUCGAUACUUUUUUUUUGUGUUAAUGGUAAUGUAUUUUUAAGGAGAAGUUUUGUGUAGAUGGAAGUUAUCUCUGUUCUUUGGAAGUUUGUAGCAUUUUGUUUUUCCUUUAUUUUUUUUUUAUUUUGUAUGGGGUCUGUUGGUACUUGGACCUAGACACUGUCGAAUAAACUGUGUUUUGUAUGA